CCGCCGCCCCCCGGGCUCCACGACGACCUCGUGCUGGAGCGCGCCAGGCCGCCUCUGCGUCCGCAGGGCUCGGGCCGGCUGGAGCGCGUGCUGCACCUGGACCUGAAGGGCGCGCCGCCGCUGGCGCCCUUCCUGCGGGCGACGCUGGCCCUGGCGGCCGACGCCGGCGCCUCGGCGCUGCUCGUCGAGUACGAGGACGCCUUCCCCUACUGGGGGGAGCUCGCCAACCUGUCCGCGCACGACGCCUACUCCGUCCAGCAGGUGAGGGACCUGGUGGAGAUGUCUGAGCGGCUGGGCAUGUACGUGGUGCCGCUGGUGCAAACGUUUGGCCAUCUGGAGAUGGCGCUCAAACAACGCCAGUGGGCGCAUCUGCGAGAGGAGAGGGCCCACCCGGACGCCAUCUGCCCCUCGCACCCACAGACCAUGCCCUUCAUCAGCGAGAUGAUACGCCAGGUGCUGGAGCUACACCCGCACUCUCGCUACAUCCACAUCGGCUGUGACGAGGUGUUCCACCUGGGCACGUGCUCCCGCUGCCGGAGCCAGCUACUCGAGGACUGGCAGCUGUUCUCGCGGCACGUCUCGGCCGUGGUGGGGGCGGUGCGCGCGCUGCGGCCGGCGGCGGUGGCGCUGGUGUGGGACGACAUGCUGAGGCGGUGGCCGCCGGCGCACGUGGCGGCGUCGGGGCUGGGCCGGCUGGUGCAGCCCGUCGUGUGGGCGUACGGCGCCGACGUGGCGGCGCAGGUGCCGCGCUUCGCCUGGCACGCCUAUGCCAGGUCCUUCCAGCAGGUGUGGGUCGCCUCCGCCUUCAAGGGAGCGUCCGGUGAGACGGCGCUGGUGCCCGACUUGCGGCGCACGGCUGCCAACCACGCGGCGUGGAUGCGGCUGGUGUCGGGCGGGGUGCCCGGCUCCGAGGUGGAGACUCCGGCGUUCCGCGGGGUCGUGCUGACGGGCUGGUCGCGCUACGACCACUUCGCGGCGCUCUGCGAGACGCUGCCCGUGGCGGUGCCAUCGCUGCUGCUCGCGCUGCUCGUCGUCGACGAGGCGGAGCGCCAGGGGCCCAGGGCCGCGCGCGCGGACCUGCUCGCCAAGGUGCUGCCGCGCUGGUGGUCGACGCUGUCGUGCCCCCGGCGCUCGACGCCGCCCUCGCCGUCGGCGCUGGAGGCGGACCCCUACCUGUGGAGGCCGCUGUCCGCCUGCGCGUUCCCCGGGGCCGACGCCUACGCCGCCGUCGCAGACGUGGCCGUCGCCGUGCCCAAGGCCGAGCUCUUCCUCUCUGAGUCACAUCAUCAAAUAGGCUUUCCUGAAAAGGCUGGGUAA